AUGCAGAGCUGCUGCCAGGCCCUGCUGCUGCUGCUGGCUGCUUGCACCCUGCCUGCCCACUGCUUGGAGCCCACCUGCCUGCACUCCUCCGAGCUGCUGCCCAUCCGGCUGCGGGAGCUGAGGGUGAAGUUUGAGGAAAUCAAGGACUAUUUUCAAUCCAGAGACGAUGAACUUAACAUCCAACUGCUCAGCUCUGAACUGCUGGAUGAAUUUAAGGGGAACUUUGGCUGCCAGUCAGUGUCAGAGAUGCUGCGCUUCUACACAGAUGAGGUUCUGCCCCGCGCCAUGAAGACCAGCACCAGCCACCAGCAGAGCAUGGGCGACCUGGGCAGCAUGCUGCUGAACCUGAAGACGACGAUGAGGCGCUGUCACCGCUUCUUCACCUGCGAGAAGAGGAGCAAAGCCAUCAAGCAGAUCAAGGAGACGUUCGAGAAGGUGGGUGCCUGCAGGGCGGUUUUGCUGCUGGAUCCACGCACUCAGAGGGUGCCAAAGUUGUGCCGACGCAGCGCGGCUCAGCUCAGAGCAGCCGCCGCGUUCCUUCAGUGGGUGGGGAGAGAGCGGAGGUUUCGGUGGAAGCAGAGCACGGCUGGGGAUUCUGCACCGCGCGUGCAGCCGAUGAAUCACGGGCUGCCUUUCGCCUGCAGAUGGAUGAGAACGGGAUCUACAAAGCCAUGGGGGAGUUCGACAUCUUCAUCAACUACAUCGAGGAGUACCUGCUGAUGAGGAGGAGGAAGUGAGCGCAGGCGGCUGCUCUCAGCCCAACCCUGUGGUGUUACGAAGCACGCCGUGCUGUGCUGGGGUUCAGCCCAAGGCUUACAGCUCAGUGGCAGCUUAACGUUCAGUUUUCUAUUUAAGUGUUUUUGUUGUUUUUUUUUUUCCCUUCCAAAUGAAUUUAAUAUUUAUUUCUUUUUUCGCCUCAUACCUCAGUGUGUUUUGGUUUGUGAACUAUUUAUUGUUUACAACGUUGUGUUAUUGGUUUGUGCACUAUUUAUUGGUCAGUGCUUUGUACCAUUUAUGAUAGCGCUGUGGCAUUUGUCCCUUCAGAGCUCCCAUCCCUCUGGGGAACGAGCCGAGUUCACCCUGAAUGCAAUUGCUCUGAGCACAGUCGUUGGGCAGCAGCAAACCCAGCUCAGGGCUCAGCAAAGCCCAACUGCAAACACCAGCUGAGCCCUCUGCUCCUCUUCUUUGCAGCUAUGAUUUAUUUAAGCAAUCAGCUCUUUCUUUCCGUAACCAUGUCCCCAUCUCUGGUUUUGCACUUGCAAUUGGGCACUGAGACAUUCAGAAUCAUCACACGGCCUUGCACUGAGCAAAACGACCAGGAAUAACAGAAAGCAGGUUGGUUUUCUCCUGCUUUGCAUGGAAAGCCGUGUGAGAGCAAACAAUUCGUGACUGCCUCAGCAAUAGCUCAAUUAACCCUGGCUAUUUCCCCCAGCCUGUAUGCUGUUCCAGGUCAAAGAGAAUUAAUGGUAGGAAUUAAGCAGUUGGUUCUAAUAGAACUUGAUUUAGAGGCUGCUGUCGACUGGCUUCCAGAGCUGCUGGGUUGGACACUCUGCACUUUGAAGAAUUAACUCAGGUAGUUUUCAGCCUUUGUUGAGUUUUAUUUAGUGUUUAUUAUAUAUAUAUAUAUAUUAAUUUUUAGAAGCUAGAGGAUAUUUAAUUCACCACCAUUUUAAGGUGGGUUGAGUAAUUUGUAUUCAAAUCCAUAGAGCCGCAUGCAGCGCUGGCAAUACUUGGUUUCGUUUCUAAUUUGCAAGAGGAGGUGGAGGAAUAUCCCAAGACCUGGAGGGUGUUUGCUUCUAAUAUUUAGAAGUGUUUGUGCCCCAGGACGAUGAAAUACAGCCAGUUUGUUGCUUGCUUUCCUGUACUUUGUAAAUUACUGCUGAAAAGUGACUAUUUAUAUGUGAUUUGUUCUGUUUUGGUGCGUAUGGAGAUGGAAGGGCAUCCCCAUGGGAAGCAUUCCCAGUGCAGUGCUGUUGGCUCAGGGCACUGCUGGAUCCUCACUGGAAGUGGGCACAGCCCCAGCUGCUGUCACUGCAUGAAAUGCACCAUCAGUUUGCAUGGAAAGAAAGAUAUUAUUUUUGCUAAUAAAGACCU